UCCGCGGCGCUGUACGCCUCUUACCCGGGCGAUCCAGCCCCGCGCUGCCUGGCUGCCGGCCAACCUGCCCCGUGCCCCGUGCACUUCGAGCGACGACGCCGCCGCUGCCGCCGCACAUGGCGUAUUGACGGAUUAUUUGUUCAUGGCAGGUAUCCGAGGCGGCCCGGGCAUGGACUCCCAACAGCAGCAGUACUGCCUUAAGUGGAACAGCUUCGGCUCUAAUUUGGCCACAUCGUUCGCGAACCUCUGGAAUUCAGAGAGUCUUGCUGACGUCACGCUCUAUUGCGAGGGUCGUCAGUUCAAGGCACACAAGGUGAUCCUCGCAGCUUGCAGCAAACAUUUUCAGGAAUUGUUCGACACCGCACCGCCGAGCCAUGCAGGCGCUUGCUAUGUGUUCCUCGAGGCUACCACUGCUGACAACAUGCAGGCCCUCCUCGAAUUCAUGUACAAAGGAGAAGUGCACGUCAGUCAAGACGCACUCUCCAGCUUCCUUAAGAGUGGGGAAAAUUUACAGGUUAAGGGACUGUCUAUGGAGAUGUCCAAUGACGCUUGGGUGAAACAACAGACCCAACAAGCAACAGAACGUCACCAGACUCGCGUUAAGACGAGUCCAGUGUCCGGUUCCGGAAACUGCGAGGUCCAGGACUCGGCCCCGCCGCAGCACACGGCCACAUUCGCGCCGAUCAUACCGCAAUACGGAAUACCAUUACACAGCGGUAGCGGCAGCUUGGGCCGGUACGCUCCACCAGCCCACCAGCCAAUACAUUCGACUUCGCACCGCAGACCGCCUCCGCCGAAACCCUCACCGUCUCAGAGUCCACACGCUAGGAAUUACAGGCAAAGCUCAUCAUCUUCGCAUUGCGGCAGUGUCGCUGAUGAACCAGACACGCGCUUAUCACCCGGUGCAGGCACAAGAUAUGAAGAAACACAACCAGAUUGCACGUCUACUCACGGAAACCCGAUAAAGAAUAAUGGAUACGAAAGGGCUGCCUCGGCUAAUGACGAAAUGAUGGAACGCCUACCUAAUGAUCAGGGGGCUGAAGAUUUACGUGUAAAAAGUGAAAAUGACUACCACGCUAGCGGCUAUAACAACUCACCACCGCCAGCAGUACCGAUACCCACGACGAACUACCACGACAAGCCACAUGAGACAUCACCCGUACCGCCCAAACCCAGCCCCGACACCUGGCCGACGAAACUGAUUACGAGCAAAUCUGGAGGAAUUGCAACUGCUGACGGAAAAAAAUUAAAGUGUCCAUACUGCGAGAGACUCUACGGAUACGAGACGAAUCUGCGAGCUCAUAUCCGGCAACGGCAUCAAGGGAUCCGCGUGCCGUGCCCGCACUGCUCGCGCACGUUCACGCGCAACAACACGGUGCGGCGCCACAUCGCUCGCGAGCAUCGCCACCAGGUCACACCGCACCUAUCCCAGGGCUCACUUCCUAAUCAUACGCAGUAAAUCUAUUGUGUUUUUAUAUUUUAUAAAACUUUUAUCAACCGAACUACCUCUGCUCUUUCCGACGCACGCGGGUCAUCUUUAUUCGAAUUUUACAAAAACUUAGCGAUAGGCUGACGUAAGGUUCGAUGAGCUGUCAAAUUUAUCUAUUAAUGGAAUUGACAGUCCAUCGAAUAAUGUGUCCUAAUUUUAAUGUUAUAAUCGUGGUCACCCGCGCUGCGUCAUUAUUCUUUGUAACUUGCGUACAAUAAAUAAUACCUCGUUGAUGCAUAUUAUGUAACAGUAAUCUACCUCAGAAAUUGAUCUUACGAUUUUUUAAGAUUUUGGAAUUGUGCGAUAAUUGUUACUUAAUUUAAUAUUCACGUGCGACUUGGCGUUCGAAUGGUUGCUCAGUGCUCGUGUCUUUCUGGUACAGUGUUUUAAACAUCGUACCUUCUCUUGCACCCGCAUCGCGUUU